UUCCCUCUCUCCGCAACUCGGAAAAAGUCAUGGGACCCGAUUUUUCAAAGUCAUCAAAAUCAUUGAAAUCUCAGCCGUCCAUCGUUUCCAUCGAACGGUCGACAGUACUCUUGGCCUAGUAGUAGUAGCAGCAGUUAAUAGUCACCCUCUUCUUUCGCGCCUCUCUCAUAAACCCUAGAACCACCCCCGCAGCCGUCAAUUUUUUUACCCAAAUCACCAUUAAAAUUGAAAAGAAAAAAACAACCGAUUUGAAAUAAUCGGAGGGAUAUUUAUUUUUCUUGACGCAGAAAAAGGGGAUUACUUUAAUCGUUCUCGUGUCAGGUAAAAAUAUUUAAUUUUUUCUUAUUUAUUUAUUUAUCGCGUUCCGUUCCGAUGGGAUUUUGUGCUUGAGAGGGGCAAAAGAAUGGGGGUUUUGUGAGAUGUUGUUUGGAUCUAUGUGAUGGGUUCUUUCUAGGAUUCCUGUACUACUUGUUUUCUCUCUCUCUCUUUUUUUUUUUUUUUUUUUUUUUUUUUUUUUUGUUGGUGUGGAAAAAAAAUGAGUUGAAAAAAAAAAUUAUGGGUCUGUGGUGGGUCCGAGUCGACUGAGUUGCUACCGUUUCUUGUUUUUGGGAGGGGUGUGAAGAAGUUUGGUUUUGGUUGGAUGCUUGGAAGUGACCGAGUUUUAAGGCUGAUUUUGGCCGAGUUAAGGGGCCGAGUUGGAACUGGGUUGGUUGAACGAGUUUUGCUUCUGAGUAUCAGAAUCAGAGUGGAUUAAGGGGGGGAAUUAGCCAAGAAAGUUGCGCUUUUGUUCUGCCUUAGUGGUCUGCAGAGUUACUGUCUUGAUUGAGUUCUCACUGGUUCUUGGAGCCUGAGUUGACUCGGAUGCUGAGUUCGUCCUUCAUUGUUUUGGACUGAACCCAAGUUGUGAAACAGUCAACUAGAAAAUAUUCCGGCAAAAUCUAAUCGGGACUAAAUUUAGGUCUUUUCCAAGAACAAAAAAGUGAAGAGGAGAAAUAAUUCGGGGGCCUUGCCUCGCAAGAACAAACCGAAGCCCAUGCCUUCAGUUGGAAUGAGAAGGAACACGAGGGUGUUUGGCACACGAGUAUUGCGUUCGGGGAGGAGGCUAUGGACAGAACCCAGCAAAGGUAGUAAUAAUAAAAAUGCAAGAGCAUCUCAUGCGGAAAAUAAAUGGACCGAUAUUCCCGAUGGAGGAGGAGGAGGAGGUGGUGAUGCCGCUUCCGAUCGCCUUAACCACACACCGCGCGAAGACAAAAACAGCGCUUCGUCGGACAUGAUCGUAGACCCCACGAUCGAGGAACGUGCGCCGGAAGGUGGUGGUGCGGUUGAGGUAAAAGAUCGAGAUAGGAUGUGUGGGAUUGUAUAUAGAAGAAAGAGAAAGAGGAAGUUGGUGGAGUUGGGAAAAACCGGCCUUACGGAAGAUAAAAGGUACGGGAAGAAGUUUGUGAGGGAGCGGUGGAGAAAAAGAUUCGGAGCUACAGAAUCUUUUGAGAGUUGUGCCAAGUUUGGGGGUUCUGUUAGAGGGCGUCGAGAGCUUGUUGUUGUAGUUAACGAGUCUUCUAACUGGUGUGGUUAUUGGGUUGCGUGCUUCUUGAGUUGUGUACUGAGCUACAUGACUAAGGUUCGAAUCGGAAUGAGGCGGAUGUCUGCAUUUAUGCUGUCGAAACCGAUAUUCGAUGUUUAUUCCUCGCAUGGAGUUCUCUUUGUCCAGGAUGCUAUUACUGCCAGGAACAAUGGUAUCAAAAAACCGGGUCUUUGCAUAAUUUCUGGAUCUAGGUCUUUGGUGCCGAUAUUCUCUGUCGAUUUUUCUGCAAUCCCAUCUGUGUUUGUGCAUAUGCAAACAAGUUUGUAUCUUAGGUCCGAACACUUGGCUUUCUUGCUCGUGGCUCGUUCAACAGAUGAUGAUUACGAGGAGGAUGAAGAAGUGACAGCUAUGGACGAAGAACCUUAUUUAUUUCCUUCUUGUGAACAAAAUCAAGAUUCUCUAGAUUCUCCUAUAAGAGAUGUGUCUUGCAGUGACGUGUUAGCAUUUGGUAAUGAUGACUCGAGGGGGAAGAUCGAGUCUUCAUCGCAUUCGCCUCUAGGGUUACCUAAAUCAUCUGCUCUUCGCAGUUUGCAAUUAAGAAACAGUCGUAACAUCAAGAAAAGGAGAAGUUCGCUGCGGCGUAAGAGAGGCAGACCACCAUCUUCCUUUCGAACCCAGAAAUCUAGCGGAGCUUUAGCUUCCGAUUUUUUCAGAAUCAGAAACGAUGCCGUCCAAUUCUCCGCUUUGUCGCCUACUCGCUUACUUCGAAGUUCGGACAAGAAAAAUUCAGACAAGAAAAAAUCGGACAAGAAUAGUUCAGACAAGAAGAGUUCGGACAAGAAGAGUUCAACAUCGAACAUCAAAGAGACGAAACCUGCGACACAGGACAUAUAUCCGAGUACGUGUUCUGCUAACAUAUUAAUAACCGAAACCGACAAGUGUUAUCGAGAAGAAGGAGCCACUGUUGCUUUAGAACUAUCCCCUUCGAAACAAUGGUUUCUUGUUAUCGGAAAGGAUGGUACGAAGCGGUACAAUCUGACAGCGGAGAAGGUCAUGAGACCGUCUUGUUCGAACCGCUUCUCUCAUGCUGUAAUUUGGAGCGGCGAUUGUAAUUUUAAACUCGAGUUUUCGAACAAGCAAGACUGGUUCGUUUUCAAGGAGUUGUACAAGCAAUGCUCCGAGCGAAACAUGCAGUCACCUUCGGUUAGUGUGAUCCCUGUGCCAGGUGUGCAAGAAGUGUCGAUGCCUUUUUAUAACAACUUUAUGCCGUACGUACGGCCUGAUAAUUACAUUACUGUGAAAGACGACGAGCUGAUUAGGGCUUUGGUGAAGAAGGGUGCAAAUUACGACAUGGAUUCUGACGACGAGGAGUGGCUGUCUGAAUUUAAUGACGAGUUGUGCGGUGGGAUGGAAUUGCAAGAACCUGUUUCGCCAGAGUGUUUUGAGUUGGUUAUUGAUGCUCUUGAGAAAGGUGUUCAUUGUAAUCCCGAUGAGAAUUUUGAGGAGCUCGCUGCUUACGAUUUUUGUAUGCAUUUGGAGAGGAGAGAGGUUAUUGAGGCGAUUCGUAAUUAUUGGGUUAAGAAGCGGAAACAGAAGCGGUCGGCUUUAGUAAGGAUUUUCCAGCUUUACCAGCCUCGAAGAAUUCAAGUGAUACCAAAGUCUGUUUUUCGAAAGAAAAGAUCGUUCAAACGUCAAGCAAGUCAGGGUGGGAGAGGCAAACAGCGACCUAUCUUGCAAGCAAUAGCAGCCGAACGAGAUGCUUUGGAACAACAAAACAACGCACAAAAAUUACAAGAAGCAAAAGCUGCUGCAGAAAGAUUCGAAGCAUUGGCAGUUGAAAAACGACAAAGAGCACAAAUGCUAAUGGAGAAUGCCGACUUAGCUACUUAUAAAGCAAUAUUGGCUCUUAGAAUUGCAGAAGCAGCUCAACUUUCCGAGGGUUCAGAAACAGUUGCUUCGUUUUUUGCCGGUUAACUCGAAUCGUGUAAUAGUUUGUAAAAAAAAAAAAAAUCAAAAUCAUUUUCAAGAUGGCCAAAUUUUUCCGAGCUACAAAAGGAGGAUUUACUGCCUCGGUUUUUUUUUUUUUUUGAAUCGACAACUUGGUAAGUUGACCUGGCGAUUUUUGUACAGAUUCUAAUUUAUGUAUAUUUGUAUUAUUAGAAAAACUCGAAACGUGGAUAUGUACUAGGGGAUUCGAUUAGUUUAUUCGGGAAGAGAUGAAAAAAAAUAUAGGAGGAAAAAAUUGAUUAUGUAUGGCCGGUUUCUUUUGAUUACGAUGGCGUUGGCUGUUUUUGUACUAUAGUUUUGUGUAUAGUUUGCAUGUUUGUUAUUUAGUACUUUAGUUCAUAGGUUUUUUUGCAUUAUUUGCAGCUAUUGUUUUUGUUUUUGAAAUGUAAUAUGGAUGUGUGAUCUUGUAACAAAUUCGGAAACGUAUUUUUGUUUGAACUAUGAAACUCGAUUAUUAGAGCUC